AUGGCCGAGAAGGACGAGCACGUGGGCGUCGGCCUCUCGUCCACGGGCCACUUUGACCAGGAUAUCUACGGCACGACAACCAGCACCAGCACUAGUGGCAGCACCAGUGGCAGCAGCAGCGCUCGCUUUGCAGGCUACAGCUCCACUGUCGUGGACGAGGGAGACGACAGCGCCGACACCCCAUUGGACCAGGACGCGCACCCGCCGUCGACUCGGACGCUGUCGGCCCCUUCUCUCGCCGCGCAGAAGAGUGAUGGGCUGAUCGACGACAGCGUCGACCCGUUUGUCGAGGCGCGGGCCUCUGCUGCUGGAUCUGCACAGCUCCGUGGGACGCGCAUUGUGGACCGCGAGAACGCGUACCGCAAGCGCCGCUUUGACCGGCUGCUGUCGCCCGAACGGGGCGACGCGUUCGGCGAUGACACGCCCGUGCGCAGCUACAAGGAGAUCAUGCAGACGCAGCAGCUGGAACAGGAGCGCGCCGACGUGGUGCGGCAGAUCCAGCGCAAGCAGAAGGAGCAAGACGAGCAGGACAAGCCGCAGAAGGGGCUGCAGGACGAGCAGGAGACGGACGCGACGCCGAAACGACGGCGGAAGCGGAUGCGCUGGGACCAAGAAGCGCCUGUCGUCGGUGACGAGCCGAGAGCAGAGGGCGAAGAGGGCCGUGUGUCAGAGUGGGACGCGCCGGCGUCGGCGGACACUGCAGACGCUGCAACGCCGACACGGACGUCGUCGAGAUGGGAUGCGACGCCGGUCACUGGCGCGGCUGCUGGUGCCGCAGCGACGCCAGGACGAAAGAAUCGAUGGGACGAAACGCCGGUCGCGAGCUCUGGCGGGUCGAAAUGGGACGCUACGCCUGUGAACGUGGGUGGCGUGACGCCUGCAGGGACAGGAAAGCGAUCGCGAUGGGACGAGACGCCAGUCCCGGGCGUGAACGACUUGACGCCGGGUAAACAGGGACAGCUCACACCUGGCGCGUCGAUGACGGACAUUAUGACUGGCUCGUUGACACCCGAGCUGGCGCAGCGCAUGCGCUGGGAGCGCGAGAUUGAGGAGCGAAAUCGUCCGUUGACCGACGAGGAACUCGAUGCGUUGUUUCCUGCAACGGGGUACAAAGUUCUGGAUCCUCCCGCGUCCUACGUGCCUAUUCGAACACCAUCACGGAAGCUGCUUACUACGCCUACACCAAUGGGCCAGACACCAGGCUUUGCUAUGCAAGCUACGCCAGCGCGUGAGGAUUAUGGCGUGCCGAUUGGAACACCAUCGGGUGGUGAUGGUAGCUCUAUGCCGUUUAUCAAGCCGGAAGAUUAUCAAUACUUUGGCAAGCUGAUGGACGAAGUGAAUGAAGAAGAACUGGACCCUGAGGCUGCCAGGGAGCGUAAAAUUAUGCGUUUGCUGCUAAGGAUCAAGAAUGGUACUCCGCCGCAGCGGAAGACUGCACUGCGACAGCUCACCGAUAAGGCCCGUGAUUUUGGCGCUGGUGCGCUGUUUAACCAGAUUCUGCCGUUGCUUAUGGCACCCACUCUCGAAGACCAGGAACGCCACUUGCUGGUGAAGGUGAUUGAUCGUGUGCUUUACAAGCUCGACGACCUUGUGCGUCCGUACGUGCACAAGAUCCUGGUGGUGAUUGAGCCACUGUUGAUUGAUGAGGACUAUUACGCUCGUGUCGAAGGCCGCGAGAUCAUAUCGAACCUCGCCAAGGCCGCUGGUCUUGCUACGAUGAUUUCUACCAUGCGUCCAGAUAUCGAUAUCGACGACGAGUACGUUCGCAAUACGACGGCUCGCGCCUUUGCUGUGGUUGCUUCAGCGUUGGGCAUUCCUGCGUUGCUGCCAUUCCUGAAGGCUGUCUGCCAGUCGCGCAAGUCAUGGCAAGCCCGACACACGGGUAUAAAGAUCGUGCAGCAGGUUGCGAUCUUGAUGGGCUGCGCUGUGUUGCCGCAUUUGAAACAUCUUGUUGAGAUCAUUGAGCAUGGGCUUGAGGAUGAACAGAAGGUGCGCACUAUCACAGCGCUCGCCCUGGCUGCACUUGCCGAAGCUGCACACCCUUACGGUAUCGAGUCAUUCGACUCCGUCCUGCGACCGUUAUGGCGUGGUACCCGCAAACACCAUGGCAAAGGUCUAGCAGCGUUUCUGAAGGCGAUUGGGUUCAUCAUUCCUCUCAUGGAUGCCCAGUAUGCAAACUAUUACACAGUGGAAGUAAUGGAGAUCUUGAUUCGUGAGUUUCAGUCGCCGGAUGAGGAAAUGAAGAAGAUCGUGCUAAAAGUGGUGAAGCAGUGUGUGUCGACGGACGGCGUGGAAGCAUCGUAUAUCAAAGAGAAGAUUCUGCCUGAGUUUUUCCGGCACUUCUGGGUGCGCCGCAUGGCGUUGGACCGACGAAACUACCGGCAACUAGUGGAGACAACAGUUGAGCUGGCAAAUAACGUUGGUGCGAGUGAGAUUAUAUCACGGGUUGUCGACGACUUGAAGGACGAAAGCGAACCGUACCGUCGCAUGGUGAUGGAAGCAAUUCAGAAGGUUAUUUCGAACUUGGGUGCGACUGAUAUUGGCACGGAUCUCGAAGAAAAGCUUAUCGAUGGUAUUUUGUAUGCGUUCCAAGAGCAAACGUCAGAUGAUACGUUCGUUAUGCUGGAUGGAUUCGGCAUUGUGGUGAAUGCUCUGGGUAUUCGUGCGAAGAACUAUUUGCCGCAGAUCUGUGGCACAAUAAAAUGGCGGCUGAACAACAAGCCAGCAAAGGUGCGCAUGCAGGCAGCUGAUUUGAUCAAUCGCAUAGCUGUGGUCAUGAAGACGUGCGAUCAAGAGCCACUGAUGGGGCAUAUGGGUGUGGUCCUGUAUGAGUACCUCGGUGAAGAGUACCCCGAGGUGCUGGGUAGCAUUCUGGGUGCACUCAAGGCCAUUGUGAAUGUGAUUGGUAUGAACAAGAUGACACCGCCGAUCAAGGAUCUGCUGCCACGUCUGACGCCAAUCCUCAAGAACCGACACGAGAAGGUCCAGGAGAACUGCAUCGCCGAAGGAACGUUGGUCGCCAUGGCUGAUGGCACGUCCAAGUCCAUCGAACACCUUGUCGAAGGUGACCCCGUGAUGAGUCCUCGCGUUGCCGAGGGCAAUACUGUGGUAGCAGACUUGGACGCGACGUGCACACGUGUCCUUGACAAUGGGAAGCGUGAAUGCGUGGAGCUAAAACUCGAGGAUGGCCGCGAGCUUGUCUGCACACCAGACCACCGAUUGUUGCGCUUUGAUGGACAAUGGCAAGCGGCAGGAGAUGUUCCAAUUGGCGAUCAAAUAUCUGUCGCAGUGCAUGAGAAGACCCACAAGGUAGCGCCGUAUGGGCUUAGCGUGAAGGUAGCUGGACUACGUGUUACUCAGCGACGCAACGUCGGUGCCAAGCGGGUCUUCGACCUGACUGUUCCCGGCAACGACGCAUUUUUCGCGGCUGGCGUUGCUGUUCACAACUGUAUCGAUUUGGUUGGUCGUAUCGCCGACCGCGGUGCUGAUUUGGUGUCGGCCCGUGAGUGGAUGCGUAUCUGCUUCGAGCUACUGGACAUGCUGAAAGCGCACAAGAAGGGCAUUCGUCGUGCCGCUGUGAACACGUUCGGCUAUAUUGCCAAGGCUAUUGGGCCACAGGAUGUGUUGCACACCUUGCUGAACAAUUUGAAAGUGCAAGAACGACAGAACCGCGUGUGCACGACAGUGGCCAUUGCUAUCGUCGCUGAGACGUGCUCACCGUUCACUGUCGUUCCAGCUUUGAUGAACGAGUACCGCGUGCCAGAGUUGAACGUGCAGAAUGGCGUGCUGAAGGCAUUCUCGUUCAUGUUCGAGUACAUCGGCGAGAUGGGCAAGGACUAUAUCUACGCGGUGGCACCGCUGUUGCAAGACGCGCUAAUGGACCGUGACCUGGUGCAUCGCCAGACCGCGUGCACAACGGUGAAACAUUUGGCGCUGGGUGUAACUGGUUUGGGCUGCGAGGAUGCGCUGGUGCACCUGCUGAACUUUGUAUGGCCCAACAUUUUCGAGACGUCUCCGCAUGUGAUCAACGCCGUGUUUGAAGCUGUGGAAGGCUGUCGCGUGGCGCUAGGUCCGCACGUGAUCUUGCAGUAUGUUUUACAAGGUCUAUUUCACCCGGCGCGUCGCGUGCGCGAAGUGUACUGGAAGAUCUACAACUCGCUGUACAUGUACGCGCAGGAUGGUUUGACGCCUGCUUAUCCGAUGCUCGAGGACGACGGUGUGAAUGCGUACAACCGCACGUACCUGGAACUUGUCAUCUAG